ACUCUGUUGCUAGCCGUACUCAGCUAACGCUGUCACAGUCAGUCACUUGUGUCACAGUUAGCUCGUGUCUCAGGUGGAGUUUUACCUACAAAACACUCCAAAAUGGCUUUUCAGUGUCAAAGAGACUGCUAUAUGAAAGAGUUUGUUACCACUGUAGUGUCCUGCUGCCCAGCGGAGCUCAAACAAGAAGUCAAUGGGAAGAAAGAAACUCUUAAAGGCUUCAACGUCAAGCUCCAAGACACCGUCUUGUUUCCUGAGGGAGGAGGCCAGCCAGAUGAUCAUGGGCUGAUUGGAGAUGUCCCAGUUUUAAGGGUGACAAGACAGGGGCCUGACGCCUUACACUUUGUGAGCUCCCCUCUGGACGAGGGUCAGGAGGUGCACGUGAAGGUGGACUGGGAGAGGAGGUUUGACCACAUGCAGCAACACUCAGGUCAGCACUUGAUCACAGCUUUGGCAGAGACGUUUUUUGGAUACAAGACCACAUCCUGGGAACUGGGGCGUCAGAGAAGCACCAUUGAACUGGACACUCCCUCUGUGAAGCCUGGCCAGCUCCAGGCCCUGGAGGAAGCUGUAAACGAAAAGAUCAGAGCCCACGUCCCUGUCACUGUUCAGCUUCUCUCUAUAGAUGAUCCUGCUGUAGAAAAGGUGAGGAGUCGAGGGCUACCAGAGGACCAUGCAGGGCCCAUUCGGAUCAUUGAUAUCGAGGGCAUCGAUGCCAACAUGUGCUGUGGAACCCACGUGUCUAACCUCAGUCACUUACAGGUAAUAAAGCUGCUGGGAACUGAAAAGGGAAAGAAAAACAAAACUAAUCUGAUCUUCCUGGCAGGAAACAGGGUAUUGAAGUAUGCUGAGAAAAGCUACAGCACAGAGCGAUCACUGGUGUCUCUCCUGAAAACAGGACCUGAUGAACAUGUUGAGGCAGUUGACAAGUUGCAGAAGUCGGUCAAGCUGCUACAGAAAACUAACCUCACCCUGCUACGAGAUAUGGCUGUCCUCAUUGCCCAGAACUUUAAGAAUGACCCCCAGCGAGGAAACUUCUUCAGCUUGCACAAAAAAGAGGGUGACAAUGAGUUCAUGAACAUCAUCGCCAAUGAAAUAAACACUGAGGAAACUUUGGUUUUCCUGACUGUUGGUGAGGAAAAGGGACCUGGUUUGUUUGUGCUGGCCGGACCCAGUGGACCAGUGGCUGAAAUGGGACCGCGGGUGUUAGAGAUUCUCCAAGGGAAGGGUGCUGGAAAAAAUGGACGUUAUCAAGGCAAAGCCAACAGCCUGGCACGAAGAGGGGAGGUGGAGGCUUUGCUGCAGCAGCACUGCAAACAUCGCACAUCAGAGGAAGAAUAAAGGCUUCAACAGUUCAAUAAAAAUAAAUAUUUUAUGAUGGAAACUACACAUUUAGAUUACUUAGAAUUUGUGCUAAAAACUAAAUGUGUAUAAGCACACAAUGAAUCUCUAAUUUAAACGAAAAUGUAAAUAAUUAUGACUUUUGUACGACAUGCGCUGUACAUAUUUGAAUGUUAAAUAUUAUGUACCGUUUUUCUUCAUUUAAAUCCACAUCUGUUAAACUUUAUGUUCUGUGUGUCAAUUCAGACAUAGAUAAUAAAAAUGUGUUUAGUGUCCUGCUGCUUAUACUGUU